AUGAUCGAGAGCUAUCUUGAGAAGCUAUUCAAAUGUAAUUUACUAACGGAGGCAGAGGUAAAGGACCUGUGUGAAAAGGCAACUGAAAUGUUGAUGAAGGAAGAAAAUGUUGUUAGUGUCAAGGCACCGGUAACAAUAUGCGGAGAUGUCCACGGGCAGUUCUACGAUCUUAUGGAAUUGUUCAAGGUUGGAGGCCUUCCGCCAUAUACAAAUUACUUAUUUAUGGGAGACUAUGUAGAUAGAGGAUACCAUUCGGUUGAAACAAUCUCCAUUUUGCUAUGUUUAAAGGUGAAAUAUCCUGAUAGGGUAUGGCUACUUAGGGGAAACCAUGAAAGUAGGCAAAUAACUCAAGUGUAUGGGUUCUAUGAUGAAUGUGUCAGAAAGUAUGGAACAUCUCUUGUGUGGAGAUACUUUACAGACCUCUUUGAUUUCCUGCCUGUUGCAGCUGUUGUUGGGAACGACACGUUCUGCUGCCAUGGGGGAUUGAGUCCAUCGUUUGACACACUGGACCAGUUGAAGGCUAUCGAUAGGAAGGUUGAGAUUCCACACGAAGGCCCUAUGUGUGAUCUCCUCUGGUCCGACCCAGAUGAAAAACUUGGAUGGGGGCCUUCUCCUCGAGGUGCAGGAUUUACAUUUGGAAAGGAUAUAACAGAUGCAUUUAAUGAGAGAAAUGGAUUGAAGAUGAUAUGCAGGGCACAUCAGCUUGUGAUGAAUGGAUUCAAUUGGAGCCAUGAAAAGGGAUGCGUCACCAUAUUUAGUGCCCCAAAUUACUGCUAUAGGUGUGGGAAUUUAGCCACGCUCAUGGAAAUGGAUGAAUAUGGAACAUACAGCUUUACUCAGUUUGAGCCCUCACCUACAAAGAUCGAAACCCUUGUCUCCACCAGAAUCCCUGACUAUUUCUUGUAG